AUGCAAAGACUACACCAAAAUUUCAUCUCCUUCCAGGUGCAAGCGACACAACAAACCAGGCCUCGUGCAAUGGCGCGAAUUACGUGGACGGUGGGGAUGCUUCCAGGAAGACCGCUUGCCGCUCUUUCGUUUCCAUCCAAAAGGGGAUACUCCUUCUGGAAGACUGCCACUACACACACAGUUGCAAAUUUGUCUUCGGCGGCCUCCACGACUCAGGUAUCUUCUGGACACGCGACAAGAGAGCUCACAUCGUUCAGCGACCAGCAUCCUCCCAACGAACCUCUCCUACAGACAGACCAAAAUCAACCCUCCAGUCGCGGUUGCACGCCAAGCAAAAAUCAGGAGGUGGGAAAAUCUAGAGAAGCCGAAGACAACGUGGGUGUAUCAGAGGCGGAAUUCGUCUCCGACGAUAGUCUCAGGAGCACCGGAAACACUGGUUUCCCGUAUCCUCCUUUGGAUCGACCAAGGCGCAUUUCUGCCGCAGAUUCUGAAGCAUUCCGCAGACGAUGGAAGACAGCCAACCAGCUUCCUUUCUUCAUUAGGCGAACAGCUUCAGAUAACGUCCCGGUGUACCUUCACUGGUCGAACAAUCGAAAUAAAGUAUCAACAAUCAUUAGGAAAGUUCACGGUCGCAAACAGAUUCUCAAAUCGGAGUUGGCGGUACUGUGUGAGGCACCAGUGAUCGAGAAAGAAGGUUGGCUUGAAGUUCGUGGAAACCACAAGAAAGUGAUUAAAGAGUGGCUAAAGCAGAUUGGCUAUUGACGGCGAGUCUCGUGGACGCUGUGGAGACGCAGCUGCAACAACCGAUUUGUGGAUCGGAACCGCUGGAGCCGUGAAUAACGGAUUCAACAGUAGAGCAAGCUUGUCUACGCUCCUCCUCUAGUCAAAGCAGUUAAGACAAAGCCGCCGGAAGCGUUGGUUGCGCAGGUCACCACAACGAGGACUACCAGCUAAGUGCAAUCUUGUCCUGCACGAAGACGAUGCCUGUUCAUCGUUGAUUUUGUGUGUCGUAGUGGCUCUCUUCCCUACCCCAAUGUGUUGAAAUGUAUGUGUUGGGACAGACAAGUUUUGUAC